AUGGAUAAGAUCAAUUUCAAUGGAGAGAAUGUGAAUGAGCUACUUGAAGCUCAAGCUCACGUUUGGAAUCACAUUUUCAACUUCAUAAAUUCAAUGUCCUUAAAAUGUGCCGUUGAAUUAGGUAUCCCUGAUGUCAUUCACAACCAUGGCAAGCCCAUGUCUGUCACCGAGUUGGUCUCCGCACUACCAACGCUCCACCCUUCCAAGGCAUGCAACAUCCAUCGGCUCAUGCGUAUGUUAGUUCACUCCGGCUUCUUUUCAAUACAAAAGCUUAGCGAUGACGCCCAAGAAGAAGGCUAUGUUCCUACCACUGCAUCUCGUUUGCUGCUCAAGGAUGAUCCCUUGAGCUUUGCACCUCUUGUGGAAGUUCUGCUGGAUCCUAUGUUAACAAAUCCUUGUGAUUUUCUAAUCAUCUGGUUCCAAAAUAAUGAUCGUACCCCAUUUUGUACCGCACAUGGGAAGGAAUUCUGGGAACAUGAUUUCUGUGGCAGAAACCUCAUCGAUAUUCUUAAUAAAGGCAUGGCCAGCGAUUCUCGGUUGGUUACAAGUGUUUUGAUUGAAAAGUGUAAGGGCUUAUUUGAGGGAUUGAAUUCAUUGGUGGAUGUUGGAGGUAACAUAGGAACAGUGGGAAAGGCAAUUGCUGAUGCAUUUCCACUCUUGGACUGCACUGUGUUUGAUCGUCCUCAAAUCGUUGCUGGCCUACAGGAUAGUGGGAACUUGAAAUAUGUUGGGGGCAACAUGUUUGAACAAGUUCCAGCUGCAGAUGCUGUUUUACUAAAGUGGGUAUUGCACGAUUGGAACGACGAUGAAUGCUUGAAGAUUUUGAAGCAAUGUAAAAUAGCUGUUUCCAGUGGAAAGGAAGGAGGGAAGAUGAUUAUAAUAGACAUACUAUUGAAGAAGAAUGAGGAAGUGAAAGAUGAAGCCUUUAACUUGAUCAAACCACAGCUCCUAUUGGACAUGGCGGCGAUGGUGGUGAUGGGCGGCAAACAGAGAGAGGAGGAAGAAUGGGCUAAGCUGUUUUUCACUGCAGGUUUUAGUGAAUAUAAAAUUAGUCCUAUUAUGGGUAUGAGAUCUGUCAUUGAGGUCUUCCCCUAAAUAAAAGUUGUAUCUCUUUCAUGC